AUGGCUUUCUUAAAGCUAAACAAACCAUUUUCUUACACAAAAAUCAAUUUUGAGGACCCUGAUGAGAUACAACACAGAAGGGCACAAUUCUUGAUUUAUAAGGUUCUGCAAAAAGUCGACAAUCGUUCGAGUGCUCGACAAAGAUCAUGGCUGAGAGUGAAGGUCUGUAGGUUGAAGAUGAAGAUAGGAAAGCGAUUGAGAAGGCUGAGGAAAAGGUUUUCGAGCAUUUUUUUCUUGACGAAAGCCGAUUUUCGUAAGAAGAUGGCUUUUGUGCUGAAAUCUUACAAGCAUUUGGUGCAUGGAAAGCAGGCCUCAGUUGCUGGGAGAGUCCCUUCAAUGUUUUAA